AUGGCACCACCAACACCCCUCGCAAUCGCAACAUCCUCUCUCCAAAGGCUCGUCAAAGAAGAGAUCUCCUACGAGAAAGAGUUACAGGGACAGGAGGCACGUCUGGAAAAGAUUCUGGCGACGAAGGACGAUGAUGAAAAUGCGGAGUACAAGUUGAAACAAGAGCGCGCUGCCAUCCAAGAAACCAAAAACGUGUUCCCGCCGCUCCGCGAACGCAUCAAGGACGCUCUACAAAGGCUCGAGGACCAGGUCGAAGAAGGGCAGACCAAUGGCGCGUUGGAAGAGGAGAUUGCCAAGGCCAAGGAAGUCAUCAAGAAUGCGAAGGAGGCUGCGAAGCAAUGA